AUUAAAUAUACUAAUAUAAUGCAUUAAUAUCCUUUAAAGUAAUUAUUUUAGUGCCUGCUUUUAUUAUACAGGAGUCACAGAAAAUCAAAUAUGUCUCAUCAAUUAGGCAGAGUCGUGUCGGAGAUACUACAGCGGUAUUUUGGUGAAAUAGUCCAGCAAGUUGGGAAGGACUUGUUUUCUUUUGGAAGCCGACCCGUUGCUAUGAUUGUGAAGUCUACUGGUCUUCCUCGAAAUCAGGUCAUAGAAAGUCUCCGUACACUGAUCAAGUUCAACUUGGCUACGUUCGAGCCAUCCAACAAUGAGGUUAUCGCUGACUACAAAUUAGUUCCUGAAAAUGUGCUUCUACUUAUCAGAUAUCCAAGAUAUUUGCUUCAAAUCAAAACCAAAUACGGCAGCGAGGCAGAGCUUCUAGUUGAAGAGCUUCUCCAACAGGCAAAAUGCAGCUCCACACUUCUCUUGGUCACUAUAGCUAACAAAUAUAAGAAUGACAAGGAAAAGAACUUAACAAUGGUACAAUUGAAAGACACAUUCAUCAGUCUAGCAACAGCCGGUUACAUUCAACAAUCACCGGUAGAGGAGACUAAGGAAGGUGCCAAUGAGGUACCAACAUUAGUGCCAGUUGCUACAAUAGUGCCCGAUCUAGAUACGAGAGCUCUAAUCCAAGCCAUGGCGAAACCGGAAGAAAUUACUGAUAAAAUUUAUUGGGAGGUGAAUUACGACAGGUUCCACCAGGACUUUAGAGACGAAAUAAUGAUCAAAGCUAUCUCCCGACGCAUAGAUGACCAUGCGGGGGAGCUAAUGCGGCUGCUGCUACAGCAGAUGUGCCUGACGUCGCCGGCGUGGGCCGCGGUGUCGACGCCCACGCCUGCGGUGGAUCUCAAGCACAGUUGUCGUCGAACAGCUGCAGACUCGCUGCUAACGCUGCAUUUGGACCACUACCUCAAGGUGUUAGAGGAGAACGGCGCGGGCUUCGUCGAGCGCACGGGCGACGCGGGCGGCGGGCGGCUGGCGGUGCGCGGCGCGCGCGCAGCCGCGCGGCUCGUGGCGGCCGCGCUCGAGCACGCCGUCACCGAGCGGCUCGGCUCCAACGCCGCCAGGAUCCUCAGGUUAAUUAUGUCAAAGAAGUACAUAGAAGAGGACGACAUCCAGAAGUACGCCAUGUUGCCCAACAAGGAAUGCAAGCAGUUGACGUACAAACUGCUAGAAGAACACUUUAUCAGCGUCCAGCCAAUGAGAAAGGCGGCGUCGGCCGGCGGGCUGGCCAAGACUAUUUAUUUGUAUCACGUUAAAUUGCAUGAGGCAGCGCACACAUGCAAGGAGAUGUGUUACCGCUCCCUGCACAACGUGCUGCGCCGCUCGCGCACCGAGCGCGCGGCGGCGUCGCGUCUGCUGGACAAGCAGCGGCGCGUGCGCAGCAUCGUGCACGGCAUGCGCGUGCGCGGGGAGCCGCAGCAGAACAUCACUGAUGUGGAGGAGACAUUGACCCCGCCCGAGCUAGCAGUAUUAGCCAGCGUGGAGAAACGCAUCAAGCAGCUCAGCACCGCUGAACUGGAACUAGACAAAACGCUAUUUAUACUUAACUGGUACUUUAUGUACCCGCAUUGACUUUUAUAAAGGUGAAUCGUGAUUAUUGUUUGUGUGCCAAAUCGGUCUUCAGUCACACGGACUCGUGUAGUGUCGACUGAUUCAUUCAUUUUCUUAUAAAAGUAACUUCCCAUGGAUGUCGUAAAGGGAAAGGCUAAUAAACUUGGGAUUCUUUGUAGGCGUUGGGCUUGCAACCU